AGCACAGCAGCGCUCGACUUGAGGAUGCCGCUUCAAACCUCACAACAGCCCUGGAAACAUUAAAAAUCCCCCGCGCCUUACCUCUUCUACGUGCAGACAGUCCAUUACAGAAGGAAGUGUUUUAGUUUCUUACAGAUCCGGAGCUUUAUCCUCAUCUGUUAUUGGAGGAUCAAACGCGUUUAACUUUAAUAUAGUUGGAUCAAAUCUGUGGAGAGUCAGAAGUCUGAACACAGGUGCGACAUUCUGCACAUUUCACUCAAUGAGUGCGAGUUAAAGCGGAUCUCAGGGAGCGGUUAUACCGACUGAUCUACUUCAUCUCUUCAUCAACAAGUGCAAUGAUGCUCGAAGUCAAGUAAGAUGAUGUCUCUGUUUAUCUCACUUACACUUCUGGUGAAUUUCAGUAUCAUCUCACAAGGUCUUGCUACUUUGAGUCCCAGUGAUGGCAGUGGUGGGGUUUAUGAAGACCUGAAGUGGACGGCUCAGCUUUGCUGUCAGGUGCCAUUGGAUCAAAUUGUGAGAAGUCAACUAGCUGCCACCAGUGGUCUUUUGGGACAGUGUCAACUGAUAAAUCAUACAAAACCAGAAUCGUCCAGGAAAUCCCACCCCCUUUCUGGAAAAUGUUUCGACAUCUCGUGCUUGUUUGAAGGCGAACGGGCAAAUUUGAUUUGUAAUGCAAAGAGUCACGGAGCAGCACUGCCAGCCGUUAGCCCACAACAAUUAGUGUUAGAGAUGGGUUUGCUCUCUAAUGAAACAAACCAUACUACUCAAUGUGCUGGGGAAGAUACUGCCACAUGCUCCAUUUCUCUUCAUGGCAAUGAUGCAAUUGUGUCACUGUCCAUCAGUUUAUAUGUGAAUGGCACUACUGCAAUGUCACCAAAGAUGCAGAUCAACACAUAUGAUCUAAGAACACCAGAGCCACCUGUCAAUCUGCAUUACAAUGUGACCACUGAGGGUGAGGUGAUAUUUAGAUGGAGCUACACACAACCUGACAGCUGUGAGGUCCGAUACUCAACCAACUCAUCACGUCAUCAAUGCGAGGUGGUGAAGAUCAAAGGUCGUUCAUGGGUGCAUUUGAAUGAGCUAAAUUCUGGAAUCAGAUACACGGUUCAAGUGCGUUGCCAAAACAGCUUUAACUACUGGAGUGAAUGGAGUCAACCUUUCUAUUUCACACUUGAUGUGAGUUACAUCCCCGCUGAGGUCUUCUCGACACCUGGCUCGGAUGUAACCUUGUACGCCGUGUUUCACAACCGCAGCUGGAGUGCCAGCAAUGCCGUGUGGAUGCUGAACGGGCAGGUGAAGAUCCCGGAAAGCCAGUACAGGGUCAUCAACGAGCGGGUCAGCGCGGUCACGCUGCAGGCAACCAGCCCAGGGUUUGACUCUUUGAUGUGUUGCCACCCGUGGGGAGAGAGGUUCAAGUGCACCAUUGCCUAUGCCAAAAUGUACACAGAAGGGAUGUUUAAUGCAGAUAUUACCUGCCAAAGCAAGAAUUCAAAGGUUGACACAAUGACCUGUGAAUGGAAUAAGAGUGCUUGGGCUGAGGUCAGAUUUCUGUACAGACAAUAUAAAUCAAUGUGUGAAGAUGUACUAAAGAUGGACAACAAUGAAGAUGCUGAAGAAUUCUCAGCUUCGGUUAAGGAAUGUCCUUACGGAGCAGGAGACCACAGGGAGUGCACUUUAAGCAACCUAAGCCUUUUCUCUUGCUACAAAAUCUGGUUGGAGGUGGAAGGAGGGCGUGGCAAAGUGAGGUCACUUCCUGUCUAUGUUGCCCCCAUUGACUAUGUAAAACCAUCUCCCCCCUCCGACUUGGAAGCGAUCACUUUACCCAAUAAAACACUGAAUGUAAGGUGGGGACGGCCUCCUUUACCCGUAUACGACAUGCAGUACGAGCUGCGCUUCUCGGCACUGCGUGGGAUGGCUAAUAUGCAUUGGGAGGUUAUUGGCCCUUUCUUGGAACCGCAGGCAGAGAUUUUUCUUGAGGAAUCAUGCGUUCAGUAUAAGGUAGAGGUUCGCUGUAAAAGACUGAAUGGAUCUGGAUUCUGGAGCAACUGGAGCAAGAGUCGGUCUUCGGUUGUUUACAAUAGGAAAGCACCAGAAAAGGGACCCGACUUCUGGCGAAUCAUUCAAGAGGAUCCUGUGAGGAAUGUGUCAAACGUCACAUUGAUCUUGCAGCCGGUCGAGGCAGGAGAUCCAAACAGUUGUGCGGAGGGCCUCGUGAUCGUACAUCACGCUGCAGGAGGGGUCGUGUGGUCAAACGAAACAUCUCUGGUUCCAUUUUACUCGUUCCUGUGGAGGCGGGAAACGCACACGGUUUCCGUCAUGUCACGCAACUCUUUGGGCGUCUCUACGUGGAAUAGCAACAUCACACUGUUGCAUCAACCCAAACGACGUUCUGUACGGUCAUUCAGCAUGGCGGCUAAUGCUAGCUGCGUCCAUCUCUCCUGGACACUGUUAUCUGAUCAACCCAUGCCUCAGUCAUUUGUCAUCGAAUGGUUGGACCUGAACGAAGACCCUGAACAGAACAGGUCCUCAACUGAGAGAACACAGUGGGUCAGAGUUCAGCCCAACGCAAGAGAUCUCUGUCUUUGCCGACGGUUUUACGGUUCUGAAAAGUUCACCUUGUGUCCGGUGUUUGUGGAUGGUGAGGGGGAGUCGGUACAAUGCACAGCCACCAGAGGAGACCCUGCUGCCUACAUGCUCCUUAUGAUCAUCAUGUUCCUCUCAAUAGUGCUCUUCAUCACACUUAUGAUGUCACAAAACCAGAUGAAGAAACUAAUGUGGAAGAACAUCCCAAACCCCUACAACUGCUCAUGGGCAAAAGGAAUGGAUUUUAGGCAGAUUGAAACCAUGGAAAACCUGUUCCUUCACCCAGAAGGUCUCACUGCCUGUCCUCUGCUGCUGGUCUCUGAGAGGAUCUGUGAAGUGGAGAUCAUUGAUAAACCUCAAACCCUUGAAUGUGGAAAAGACAACACCAAACGAACAUCAACCAGCUCUCCUCUUCUGGGAGACUCUUCAGAACCUUUAUCUCUGGAGGCGUCGGCUUCCGCUACACCAGAAACAUCAGGUCAAUCCUCAGUGAUGUACUCCACCAUUCUUCUCUCUGAUCGGCCGGGCCUCCUUCGAAAGCAGCAGGAGAGUCUGAGCAGUUCCAGAGACGAAGGCAACUUCUCUGCCAACAACUCGGACAUUUCCGGUUCCUUUCCCGGAGGACUCUGGGACCUGGAGAACCACGUUUGCUCGGACAGCGGCAAUCCUCGCCAUUCCAGCUUAUACAAUUCUGUGGAAGAGCUCUCAGAAACCUCAGAGUAUGAAGCUUCGGAAAGCACAGGUGGGGGAAAAGAUCUCUACUACCUGGCGGUGAAUGAAAAGGAAGAGGAGAAGGAUGAAGAAUCAGAGAGCGAGGAAGCACAGGACGAACGGGAUGAGAAUGAAGAAUUCCAGCUUUGCAAAGGGGAAAUUGUUAUGAAGGCGGAUACUAAGCGCCAAUCGGAGGGCAACAAUUACACAAGCAUUGAUUCUAAUACUACAUCUCACAGUAUUCCACUUUAUCUGCCUCAGUUUCAAACUGAAAGUAUUAAUCCACCCUGAAAUAAUAAAGAGAACACUUCCACCUAGUGGUACAAUGUGGAAUCACGUCUUUUUCUCUGGUUAUGAGGAUGCCUCAGUGAUGUCCCCCAUCUUGACAUGACUUUCUCGUUCUUUCUAAACACCAAACCAUUCAUGAUUUCACUGCCAAUCCUUUACAAACCCACUUGUGAUUCCUAAUUUAUUGAAGGUUUAUACUCAGACUUUCCACAAUCCAAGCACAGUUAACCUCGGAAUGUUUCACUGAUGGGUUGAUGAUCAACCUGUCAUUUGCUGGAACUUGCUGCUGUCCAACUGCAUCUCACCGACUCUUUUAUAAAUGAUUGUAGGUUGAAAUAACACCUUGAACACAUCACACUUAACUGCAAUGAAGUGCUUUAAUAAAAAGAGUUCAAAGGACUUUAUUUAGUCUCCCAGUGUGGCAUCAUGUACACUGGUCACAGUCAUGGUUUAGUGGCUGUUUGUGCAUUUUAGUUGCUUCAUGAAGUGCAGUAUAAAGCUCAGUGUAUUAUAAGUAAAGGGUCCUUUUAAGAAGAUUCAUCAGUCAGCGUUGUUGCCCCUCAUGUCUGCGUUUACAUUGGGCUUAAUCAUUCAAUAUGAAUGUGCAUUUUUUCAGUGAGGUCUGUGUGCUUCAGAAACUCAAAUAUUUUGAGUAUAAAAUGUGUCAGCUGUUUUCAGUGUCUGAUAUUUUCUGAUGAAAUUAAGGUUGAAUGUAAGUGUCAGUGAAUAAAUGUGGUUAUAUCACAGAGGAAGAAUGUGCGUAUAUGUAUUCUGUAAUAUACUGUACAUGUAUUUUUGUCUAUUUUUCUGGGCAAAAUAAACUAUUUAUUGCAGUCAA